UAAGUGCAUUGACCUAGUAUGUAGUGGGUUUACUCAUCGCGCGGAAGAAUCUGGUUCGGUCCCACCGGCGAACAAAUUGAAAUUGUGCCUGGACGCGCUAGUGAGAAUUGACAAAAUGCGCCAGCAGUGCGGCCGUGUGUACACCUGGAACUGUGCCGGUGAGCUCUAUGGCAUCGAGUGUUCUCUGUGCGAGGAGCGGCCCUUGUGCGCCCUUUCCGAAUUUGCGGAGCACAUGAACGUGUGGCACACCGAUUGGCAGGCGCCUGAAGCCGACAGCCAUGAAGCUUCCUUAUUCGGAGCCGUUCCCGAGGAUGAUCUCAUGCAGGAGGUGCUGGCGGAGCAGCGAACCAGUGGCGAAGAUAAUGAACUUAAGGAACAAAUUGUGCUACAAUUAAAUGCAAUAGAGGAUACCGUGUUUCCUGGUCAACCAGAAGAAAACUUGGCACAAGUAGAUGAAGUAACAGACGGAAUGAGAGGCGCUGGCAACAAUUUUGUAAAAGAAGAAGAUGCAGAAUCCCAUCCAAUUCCAGAUUCCACCGUGCAGGAAAUAUUACCCGUUCCGGAGGGCCAGCGACUCACGACACAGCAUGUGCAUCGCCUGAUCGAGCUGUACCAUUUGGAACCUCGCCUCUGGAACCAAGCGCAUAAACAGUUCCACAACAUGGCACUGUGCCGCGAGUCCUGGAAGCGGAUAACGGAUGCCUGGAAUGCGUACUGCGGCCGCAGCUUUAGCGUUACGGACGUUCGGAUUCGGGUGUCAACCCUGUGUCAGAGAUUUCUCAAGCAACGGGAGCGUUUAGAGGCGGAUGGCGAAAUGGAUGAUGCCGUCAAGUUCGCGCACUUUGACCAACUGAGCUUCCUGUGCGAACAGCAAUCGCUGUUAAAACGGCAACGUCAUUAUGUCCGGGAGAACCGCAGGCUACUGGAGCUAUACGAGCACUAUCCGGUUUUAUGGCACAAUGCACAUAAGCGUGUGCGUUGCGUGAAUACCGUGCGCCAAAGACAAGACGCUCACCUGGAUCUACAGUUGGCAUUGAGGCUAUCAGGAAUUAGCCUGUCCACCGUGGUUAUCCAGCGACGCUUGCAAUCGUUGCGAAAACGCUAUCGCAUGGAGAAGAUAAGCUAUCUGCAAAGUGUGGUCGAGGGUAAACAAGCAGAGUUUGUAUCCAGUUUCGAGCACUACACGGAAAUGGAAUUCCUGCACAAGCAUAUCGAUCCAUAUGUGUGUGCUGUGUGCGGGAAGAUCUUUGAGAACCUGAUGGGUCACCAAACACAUGUCAAGAGCAGCUGUGAGGUGAUGAUAAAUGGUAAGGAAGAGAAACACGGGGAGAAUCAGCAGCUGAAAAAACACUUAAGGGAUGAUUUAAAUGAAAAUAUGGAGCUAGCUGAAAAGGUUACAAAACAAACAGUUGUUUUUUUAAAGAAAAAGCUUGGGGAACCCGCUAUUGACACUUUAUUGGUGGAUGAUCCUCCAGAGAAGCAUCCCACAGAUUCGCAAGAUCCCCGUCCGCUUAGCCUGGCUGAGGCCUGUCACGUUAUCGAAUUGAAAGAUCCCAUAGAUCCGGAUACCUCCUCAAACGUUAUUGAUAAUAAUACCGCAGGCCGAAAACUACGUCUUCGUUUGAGUUUUUCAGAAACGCAAGACCUUAUCCGACAGUACCGAUCCCACAUGUGCCUAUGGGAUCCCAAUCACCUUGACUACCAUUCCCGCAGACAACGUAGACUGGCCUGGCAAGCCAUUACGAAGGAGAUGAACUCGAAAGAGAGAAAACGAUUUACCCCGAAGAUGUUGCACCGUAAAAUCACGGAUUACACGAAGUACUACCGCAUGGAGAAAGAAAAAAAAAACGAGGAAGUAUCCUCCAAUUGGAACCUGUUUGAGGAACUCCGCUUCCUGGAUGAAGCACUGCCCAUCAGCAGCGAGAUGCAGAGGACCCUAAACCAACGGGAAAGCAAUAUGAAGAUAAUAGCUGUAUACCAGGGCUAUGCGCAGCUCUGGUGCACUGAUCACCCGGAUUACACUAAACGAAGGCAGCGAAAACGACAACUGGAAUCCUUAUGCACCAGACUGCAAGAAGAAUUUAAUCUUCAAAUGACGGUGGAACGGCUUAAGAGUCGCCUUACUGAAUUCCGUUGCCAGUACCGCCAUUGCAAGGAGGCCCGAAUGGAGGCCCAAAAGAAAUCGGAAUCAUGGACCCCUAACUACGAGUAUUAUGAACCGUUGCGCUUUCUGGAGCUUCACGUGGCUCCCUUCCAGUGUCCGAGUUGUCCGGCAUCUUUUAAGAGACGAUCAGAUUACCUACAGCACGAGAGGAAUGUUCAUGGCGAUGUGGAAAAGUCACUGAACGGGGAGUUUUAUUAUAUGAAGCACCGCAAAAGUAGGAAAAUUAACGAUGAGCAGCAGGAUCCGGACCUGGCAAACAUAUGUCACAUUUGUGGACUGAAGUUUUCGCUGAGGAAUAGCCUAUUGGCCCAUUUGCGUCGUCACCUGGGCCAGAGAGCCCACGCCUGCACAGACUGCCCUAAAAAGUUCUUUAGCUCGAAUGCUUUGCGGGUCCACCAGAGAAGUCACACCAAAGAACUGCCCUACGUUUGCGAGCAUUGCGCCAGAGGAUUUGUGAAUGCUAGCAAGUUGAAUCAGCAUGUCAAGCGCCACCGAAACCAGCGCGACUUUCCCUGUAAUAGAUGCGAUAAAGCUUUUUUUACGGCCCAUGAAAGGGACCGACAUUUACGAGCUCAUCUUAACAUUCGAGACAAAGUGUGUCCAUACUGCUCGCGGGCCUUUGUGGUUGGAAGUGCCUACUACGCCCAUUUAAACCUCCAUCGCAACGAAAAGCGCUACUCAUGCGCAUCCUGUGGCAAGCGGUUUGCCCAAUACGCCGGGCUUUACAAGCACCGCAGGCGAUGUCUACCAGCAGAAGUCAUAGAGGUGUGAUCCUUACGAGGGAAUCUCCUUUGCUUAAUUUUAUAAAAAUAUCCCCACAAAAUGUCUUUAAACUCUCAAUGUUUUUGAAUAAAUAAAAGAACGCGGGACCGAUUUUGUAUGAACCGACGAUUCAAAAACCAAA